GGCGCAGGACGGAAGUGGGCGUGCGGCGGCGUCUGCGCGCGGGGGAGGUGCCGUGCGGCCGCUUCCCGUCCCCGAGCCCGAGCCGGUGCUGAGCGGAGCGGAGCGGCGCCGCGGUCGGGCCCGGAGCGGAGCCGGCUGAGGCAGGCUCCGAGCCCCCGACAUGGCCCGGAACACGCUGUCUUCGCGCUUCCGUCGGGUGGACAUUGACGAGUUUGACGAGAACAAAUUCGUGGACGAGCAUGAGGAGGCGGCGGCAGCAGCAGGAGAGCCAGGCCCGGACCCUAGCGAGGUGGACGGGCUGCUGCGGCAAGGGGACAUGCUUCGGGCAUUCCAUGCAGCUUUGCGGAACUCUCCAGUCAACACCAAGAAUCAAGCUGUGAAGGAGCGAGCCCAGGGUGUGGUGCUGAAAGUGCUCACAAACUUUAAAAGCAGCGAAAUUGAGCAGGCUGUGCAAUCACUGGACAGAAAUGGCAUUGACUUGUUAAUGAAGUACAUUUAUAAAGGGUUUGAGAAGCCCACAGAAAAUAGCAGCGCAGUGUUACUCCAGUGGCACGAAAAGCUGCUGAUUUAUGCCAGGCAGGACACGGGGGCAGGUGCCAUGGCAUGGCCUUAGCUGUAGGAGGACUAGGCUCCAUUAUAAGAGUUCUUACAGCAAGAAAGACUGUUUAAAAAAAAAAAAAGACUCAUGUUACCUUGAGAAGAAUUUUGGAUGCCCAGGCUGGUGAAGAAGGGAUUGACAAUGGACCAUCUUCCUAGGAACUCCCAACUAAGUAUUUCAGGACACAUAUCUGCUGAAAUCGGCUGAAAUGUAUUUUAUUUUUGAGGUGGAGGGAGAAAUCAUCUUACUGUUUCCUAAAUCCUUUGCAGGAUCCGAGAGUCUGCCUUUGUCUACAAAGUGAUGCAGAACUGACAUCGCUAUAGAGUGAUGCAGAACUGACAUCGCUAUAGAGUGAUGCAGAACUAUCUACAGAGUGGCUGGCCAGUGUUGGUCAUUGUGUGUGCACUGCCUGUUUGUUUAAAAUGGGGGAGGGAUGAUUUGGGUAGGUGCAUAUCCAAGGGCCACGGUGAAACGGAGAGCUUGUGUUUUUGAAGUGGAAAAACCUGAGAGUUUGUACAGACAUCCUGUCUUCCCAGAGAAGGCGGACUCUCUUGGGUUCAUUGUAAAGUGCCUGCUGCAUCAAUAAAGCUCUUGGCUUAUUAGUA